AUGAUCCAGGACAAAAAAUGCCUUUCCUUCCCCAGCUAUAUCCACUCCGCCCCGGCGCUGCUGACAAUGCCCAACUUCACCUUCACGCAGGAGAACGCGAAGCUGCUCAGCUUGCGGAUUACAAGAUCAGGACUGCAAAAAAUUCCUGUUAUGAAAUUCGCUGGCCGAGAAAACAUCCUCAACAUAAUUGACCUGGAGAGCAACCGCAUCUCAAAGGUCGUCAAGAGAAGUCUUGAAGUUCGUGUGGAACAGCUUUUACUUAAUUACAAUCACAUCGAGAGUGUGGAGGAGGAAGCCUUCUCUGGGUCGGCCAUUGGAAGACUGAGCUUCAAGGGCAACACCCACCUAACCUACAUUCACCCAAAUGCUUUCAGCGGCAUUGAGAGUCUGCAAACCCUAGACCUUUCAGAGACGUCGAUCACCUCGCUGCCCACCUACGGCCUCAAAGGGCUGGAAGUCUUGCGCCUGGAGAACACCCCGACUCUGAAGGUAUUCCCGUCUGUGUACUCCUUCAGAACAAUCCAGGAAGCCCACCUCACUUACCCCUACCACUGCUGCGCCUUCCAGUUCCCGGAGACACACGACCGGGAACAAUAUAUUAGGCACCAGGAGUUCAUUCGAAAACAAGAAGAGGAGUUGUGCUCGGAGGUGACGUCACCCAGCAAUCCCGUUCCCUCCGCGAACGCCCGAGUCAGACGCCGGCGCCGCCAUCUUGUCACACCCACCACACCUACGCCGGACCCUCAGAGACUUAGUGAAAUGCAGAACGAGAAAGAAAUGAAAGCCAGACAAAGAGAUAAUCUCUCUCUCCCCUCUGAAAUUAUCUCCAACCCUUCGAAAAGGAUUCACACCGCUGGGAGGAAUCCAUCGACGUCAGGAUUCUCAGGACUUAAGAACACGCGAGACGCAGACGAGGCGCAGCCCCACACAACCGCCCUAGGAUACCCCUCGGACGUCGUCAUUCACGUCGUGGGAGGGCAGGACCCGAAGGCUCGAUCUCGUCGCAGGGAUGGCGCAAGGAUGCAUCCAUUGCUCGACAGAUCAUCGGAAUCCGGAAUUCACUCGCCGGAUUCCCGAUUCCUCGCAGAAGCCGACAAGAUCAGGAUGCAGGACGACGGACCGAAACCCAGUGCCUUGGACGAGAUCAUCCCGUCGCCAGACAAGAGAUUCGGGAAGGAGGAGUUCCCGGACAAUGGAGACGACGUGGCAGAUAAAGGGAGUUUUGUGGGCAGGAUACCCGUGGCAGGGAAUGGCUACCCGAGCUCCUUCCUUGGGUUCGGCUCCUUUAACUACUCCUCCGACAGAUACCCGACCGACGCCUCCAAGAGCAACGAGUCCGUCCCGAGCGGCCGAUGGGGCGGCCAUCAGGCUCCGCUCAACAACACCCCGAUCAUCGUCCUUUGCGGAAACAUCUCCAAGAACUCCACGACGUGCUGUGCAUCCGGCCCGGACGCCUUCAACCCCUGCGAGGACAUCAUGGGCAACCUGGCGCGGGUCGCCGUGUGGUUUGUGGUGGUCACGGCCGGUGGCAACCUGGCGGUCAUGCUCGUGCUGGUGUCGUCCAAGUUCAGAAUGACUGUCAGUAAGUUCCUGAUGGUGAACCUGGCCAUCGCCGACCUGUGCAUGGGCGUCUACCUGCUCAUCAUCGCUGCCAUGGACCUGCACACCAUCGGCGUCUACUUCAACUACGCCAUCGACUGGCAAAACGGUCCCGGUUGCAAGGUCGCCGGAUUCCUGACGGUGUUUGCCUCCGAGCUCUCCAUCUAUACGCUGACCGUGAUCACGUCGGAGCGCUGGUAUGCCAUCACGUACGCCAUCCAUCUGAACAAGCGCCUCAAACUUUCCAUGGCGGCCAAGAUCAUGGUCCUCGGAUGGAUCUACUCCAUCUCCAUGGCGACCCUUCCCCUCGUCGGCAUCUCGGGCUACAGUAAGACGAGUAUCUGUCUGCCGAUGGAGACUGGCGACGCGCUCGCGCUGGCUUACCUUAUAUCCCUCCUGCUGGUGAAUGGCCUGGCCUUCUUCGUCAUCACUGCUUGCUACGCAAGCAUGUACUGCUCCAUCAGCAGGCACGAUGCCACGGCCACACAUUCAGACCUCACCGUGGCCAAGAGGAUGGCGCUCCUCGUCUUCACGGACUUCGCCUGCUGGGCCCCCAUCGCCUUCUUCGG